GAGCCCCCCUCCCUCUCUGUUCCAUCCAGGACCAUGGCCCGGCGGGGCGGGGGUGCGAACGCCCACCCCAAUGGAGGAUGGUGGGUCCCGUGAAAGCCCCCAGUGCUUCUGAGCCCUGGCCACCAGCCAGUUCGCUCACAGCUACGGGAUCGGAGUCGCCGCCUGCGCCUACAUGGGCCUCACGGCCGCCCUGGUCAAGAUGGGCCAGCUGGAGGGCUGGGAGGUGUUCGCAGAGCCCAAAGUGUGAGCCCCCGGCCGGGCCCUCACAGCCCCGACUGCGUCUAAAAAUAAAUGCUGUGCGUACCCGCGUGUGCGAGCACCCUUCCCUCCCGCCCUGCUCUUCACCGGGAAGCCGGUCCCCAGGGCUGGGCGACCCGGACACGGCGUGCUGGGAGGGAGCGAGGAACGGGGCAGGAGAUAAGGCCUCGGGGUUUGUUCCCGCCGGGCCACGGCGCCAGCCGGGCCUCAGCAAGGGACAGGGUGUCGAGGACGGGAGCCCGCGGUGGCCUGCCAGCUCGUGGGAGCUGGGCCCGUGGCCCACAGCCCCCCUGCAGGUCGCAGCCAUCCCCUCCCGGGCCUCCCCCCAGAGCCGCCAGCAUGUGGAAAACACGCUCAGGGCCCACGCACGGCCUGGCUCCAAAUUCCUGGGCGUUGGAGCGGGGAGCCCCAGCCGGCCCGGCCCAGGAGCCUCAUCCCCAUCCCACAGGUGGGUGACCGGCCACUGGGCGCCUGCGGGCAGGGGCCAAGCCAGACAGGGGACCCUGGCGGUGACAAGCAGGGAGAGUCGCUGUCUCACCCUCCGCCGCCUGUCAGGCCCCGUGAUUUAGGUGGCCCUGGAAUGCUGGCGCGGCCGCCCCCGGCUCCGCAGAGCUGGCUCGGCGCUUCCUGGCAGCCGGCAAGGAGGGCCCGGCCUGCUCCAACACGCCGCCACGGGCCAUAAAUUAGGGCUCUCCCGCCCACCCUGGGGAGCGGGUGCGCUCGGCGGGGAUGGGGCCUGGCGGGCAGGGGCUGGCCGCUGCAGGUGGCCCGGGGGCUGCCGGAGCGGGGCUCAGCCCCCAUGCACCCUUCUUGGCCGGAUCCAGCCCGACCCUUCCCCUUUGUCCUGCCGAGCGGCCCCCUGGGACGGGACCUGGCUGCAAGGCGGCCUUGGAGCCCUGCCUCCCCUCUGUCUGCCCAGGUAAUAACUCAGCCGGCGCUGGGCGGCCGCGGGGACACGUGCACUGGGCUUUCUGUGCCCUGCACAGCCCUUCCGCUCUCUCCCGGCCCCUGCCCCGUGACCCCCCGAGUGGGCACAGCUGGGGUCACGUCCAGGGUGGGGCCUCCGCCUGAGGGCCAGGAGGGGAGGGGCUCCGGGACCCCAGCCCUGCCCUCAAGCCCCCACACUCGGCUUUCCUGGCUCCCAGCCCUGCCUUCUGCC